GAAACAAAAAAUACAACGGAUAGGCAUAUGACAUAUCCAUUGUCGUGACUACUCAAGUCGUAGCAUACCCCACCACACCGAUACCAUCAAUCCAGAACUCAAGUUCCUGGCGUACAAGCACCAUGAAAUGAAGUGUCCUCACUAUUAACACCAAUUCUCAAUCUUGUGAAAUUCACAAGAACAACAAAUAAAAACAAAAUAGAGGGUAAUUUUCCACCUUCAAUACAAACCAUACCAUAAGGGCCCCUUUCAACGCAUGCUUUCUCUCCCAAAUUCUUCCUCUUUCUCCCUCUUUCACUUCAAUUUUCUUAUGUUGCUUCAGUGCCAAAAGGGGUUUGUUCCUGCACAAGUAAAUUCAUCCCUUAGGCUAAAAAAAAAAUAAGGUAUUUCAUUUUCAUUUUUUUGGGGGUUUCAAUAAGCCAUUGAAUCUAGAAGAAAAACAUGCCUCCCAUGUCAACGAUUCCAAUUCACAGACCUGAAUUUCGUACCUUAUUCUUCAAUGGGUCUCCAAGCCCUUGCAAAUGCCUCAGAAUUACUGCCUCAUGGACCAUGACCAUGGAUUCGAAAUUUUCUCCAACAACAAAGAAUAGUAAUGAUAAUAAUUAUAAUCUGAAGAAGAAGGAAGAACUCUCUGUGCAGAUUCCAACCCCACCCAUUUCCAAAGUGGAAACUUUAAACUCCAAUGAUCUCCAAUUUGAUCGAUUGCAGCCAUCGGAUCAAGAAUUGGGUCGAGUAAAAAGGUUUGAGUUUGGGCAAUUUGUCGCACGAGAAGCUGUGCUUGAUGAAGAGUAUUGGACAGCAGCAUGGUUAAGGGCAGAAAGUCACUGGGAGGAUCGACCGUACGACAGAUAUGUUGAUAACUACAAAAGGAAAUUUGCCGAGCAGGAAUUUAAUGCAUUAAAAAGACGGUGCAAGGUGCAAAAUGGUGAUAGUUGCGCAUGCAUCAUCACGGUGAGGAAGGAGCAGAAAAAUGCAAAGCACUCAGUAUUAAAGAGUGUUGUAGGAACCCUUGAUUUGAAUAUCCGAUAUUUGCUACAAGGGGAGACUUAUCCCGGGGAACGUGUAAAGGCCCCUCUUUUUUGCAGCAUCAACAGAACACCACCAAGCAGGUAUGGCUACAUUGCAAACUUAUGCGUCAUCAAAUCAGUUAGGCGACAGGGAAUUGCAAGCAACAUGAUGUCUUUUGCAAUUGAAGCUGCAAAAUCUAAUGCAGGUUUGACACAGGUGUAUGUGCAUGUGGACAGAAAUAAUAGGCCUGCACAGAUAUUAUACCAAAAAAUGGGCUUCGAGGCAUCACAGAACGGGCAACUCAGACAACAGUCAAAACCCCUUCCAAUUAAAGGCCAUGUUAGCAGAGAAGGUUUUCGUCUGAUCUGGGAUUACUGGAAAUAUCUUCGUAGACAUAGUUAUGCAAAAUGCCGCUACAAAUUUAGAUUCCGAUCCUAAUUUAUACCAAAUCUACGGAGACUGAUGAAUAAUUCAAAGCACCUUGAUGAGGAUCUGGCACUUUGACAUGUUCCAACACAGGAGACAUUUUCAAACCAAUUAUCUGGAUCUGAAGGUUUGAGUGGCCAUUGAGAAAAGCAUCUGUUACCUGCAAAAUAUACAUAGCAUUUCUUAUAUAUACUCGGAUGAUUCAUAUCAUUGCAAUAUGCACACAACCAUAACAAUAUACAAAGUUACAAAUCAGAGAACAUUUUUAGUGUGUUUGCUUCA